AUGCCCAUGCCGGCGUGCCUUCUGCGAGGUCGCAGGACCCCGUCAAAAAGCCUUGCCGGCCUGCUCAUCCACGCGGUGGUACCUCGGCUUGGCCCUCGACAAAGCUGGGCCUGUUUUCAACGCCCUACGCAGAGAUGGGCUCACGUAGCAGCUCAUCAUGAGGCCGCAGUGGAGCACAUCCGUAACAUAGGCAUUAUUGCUCAUGUAGAUGCCGGCAAAACCACCACAACAGAGCGUAUGCUCUACUGUAGCGGCAACACACGGCAUUUGGGAAAUGUCGACCAUGGUGAUACAGUCACGGAUUUUCUCCCCAUGGAGAGGGAAAGAGGCAUCACUAUCCAGUCUGCUGCCAUUUCGUUCAACUGGCCCCGGGCUGAGGAUCGUGGGCCAAACGAGCACGCUAAAACUAUCAAUCUGAUAGACACGCCUGGGCACCAGGAUUUCCAGUUCGAAGUCCUUCGGUGCAUGCCUGUGCUUGAUGGCGCCGUGUGUGUCAUGGACUCGGUCAAAGGCGUUGAAGCUCACACUGAACGGGUUUGGGCCGCAGCACAUCAAUACCAGAUCCCAAGAAUCAUCUUCGUCAACAAGCUUGACCGAGACGGCGCUUCCUUCACGAAGUCGGUCUUGGACAUUGCCUCGAAGCUGAAGGCAUGGCCCUUGGUUUGCCAGAUACCUUGGUGGGUCGGUGACGACUUCGUUGGCGUGAUUGAUGUCAUCAAACGUGUGGGCUACAAAUGGUCAGGUGGUGGUUCCAAGAAGCUCUAUAAUCGUGAAGCCCUUCGAAGUGCACUUGGGUCGGAAAACCCAUCGCUUGCCGAAGAGGUUGAGCUUGCACGGGAACAACUCAUCGAGAGGCUGUGCGACUUCGAUGAUGAUCUUACCAUGGAGUUUGCGGAGCACGGAGCGGAUCUAUCUGACGAGACUGUCAAGCUGAGUAUUCGCCGUGCAAUUGCGAAUGGCAAUGGCAGCGUUGCGCCGGUCUUUGCUGGGGCCAGUUUGAGGAAUAUCGGGGUCGAGCCUCUGCUGGAUGCUGUCGUCGAUUAUCUCCCAAGUCCCCACGAACGCCCUCCUGUAGAGGUCACAACCGCUACGGGAAUACGCAGAUUAGAGGAUCUGAUUGCCAAGGAGACAAUGAGGCUGAAGCAGAAAGGUGCCAACGUCGCAGUGGCAUCCGUUUUCAAGGUCGUCAGCGACGCCCACCGAGGAAUGCUGAGUUUUGUCCGUGUGUAUCACGGUGUGCUCCAACGCAAUGCUGCCAUGUGGAACUCAACCCAGCGUCUUGCCGAGAAACCACUAGCAAUGAUGCAAGUCCUCGCAAACAAGCACAAGGACAUUCCGCACCUCAAGGUCGGAGCCAUCGGUGCCCUGGCAGGUCUGAAAAAGGCCCGUACGGGAGAUACCCUCAUCAUCUCUCCUGAGAAGGCAACAGAGACCCUCAUGAAGAGCAUCCAGAUCCGACCUGCGAUUAUCCCACCAGCCGUCACUUUCAUAUCCAUCGAGCCCUUCUCGGCCACAAAUGAGGAAGCUCUGAAAAAUGCACUGACGGAUGCAUCGAGAGAGGAUCCCAGUCUUCGGUGGACAAAAGACGAGAAGGCUGGGACAUAUACUCUCUCUGGAAUGGGAUUACUGCACCUGGAGGUUGCGAUUGAUAAUCUGAAGAAGUUCAAAAUCGAUGCUCUCUUCGGCACUAUACAGGUGGACUACAAGGAAUGUGUCACAUCGCAAUCACAGCAGGAGCAGCAUACCAUCGAUCGUCCCGUCGCAGGAAAGCCAGGCAAGGUAGCCUGUGCGGCCUUCGUUGAACCCAUCGAUACGGAGCAACAGACAGAAUCGUGGCGUGACCGCGCCACCCGCCUCGGCUUCACUGAUCUCGAGACGGAUGAUGAGUUUCACCACUCGAGUUUCGAGCGAGACGGUAACCUAAUCAACGUCAACAUCAUCCGCCCGAUUCAUGACCCGAAGCUCUUCGACGUUGACACCGUUUCUCACCACCUCCACAACGGGGCCAUUGCCGCUUUGUACCGGGGCCCUAGGAAAGGCUACCCUCUGCACGGCUGCAGUAUUGAACUCGUGUUAGACUGCGCCCAAGACUUCUUCGGCGCAGCCUCCCCUGCUCAUUACCAACAAGUGGGCUAUCACGCCGUCCGAAACGCGUUCAAGAACGCACACGACACGCAAAAAGUUGGACUGCUGGAGCCAGUAAUGAAAGUCGAGAUCGUCUGUCCCGAAUCGGCGGCGGCCCAGGUGAGGCAUGAUCUGUCCUCGAGGCACGGGGGGCAGGUCAUGGAGACGGAAGAUCUCAACGAAACGGCGUCAGGAGAAGGGGAGAUAGACCUUGAGCAGGUUUACGCACCGCCAGAUCCGUAUGAGUCUGUGACCACGUUGCGUCAACACAAAAGGGGCGCAAUGAGGAUGCUCAAGCUGAAGGCAAGAGUGCCGCUUAGAGAUAUGUUAAACUAUGACCAGUAUCUCAGGAGUCUGACGGAGGGCCGGCACAGCAUCCAAAUGGAGCUGGACAAAUUUGAGAGGGUGACGGCGAACAGAGAGAAGCUUCUAUAG